AUGGCUUUGGCCUCUCAACUCGAGCGCCAGUUGGCUUGGAACCCACUGCAGGACUUCCCCAUCUGGUCGACAGCACCACUGGCGCUGCCGGUGUCGAAGGUGGAGUACAAGUUUAUCGCCCGCCGGCUACAUGAGCUUUUUGUGAAGCAUGAUGACAAGAAAACACCUGUGCGAUGGGAGGGCGUCGAGGGCAACCGCCAACUCCUCGUGGAGCCGGGCCAACUGGAGGUCACGGCCAUUUGGGGCGACCCCCACGAGAAGGUUAUGGUUAACGCCGACCCGCUCACCUUGCCGCUGGAUGGCAGCGGCGGCCAAAGCAGUCCGGCAGAUAAACUCCCGUGA